AUGCCACAUACUAAAAAGAGCACCCACAGUUCCCUUAAGAAGUACUGCGCUUAUACCGAGAAUGCUGUCACUGCUAAAAGCAUCCGGGUCCAACUUUUACAAGUGCUUAAGAAUCUUAACACAGUUUUUAUAAUACCGCUGAUAAAACUCGCGUGGCAUUUGUUCCCUGAACCAUUUAAGUUCGGAGUGAUCUACGAGAGGAAAUACGUCUCCGGGGAUUGCAAAGCCCACGUCCAGAGAACAGGUGCCGCCACCGACAUACCCCCUCGACUCCAGCAGGACAGACCUCCGCUGGACCGCUGUGACUCAUUUAACCUUCCCCUAGAAGUUGAGACCCUCCACAGCCGCCGGCUUGUCAGUCGCCGAUCUAAGGGAGGGGGAGACCGAGGCACCCAGGCCAUUCACUGCCCAGCCUCCGCCGCUCUCCGGGACGGAUCUCCGUGCGGGUUCACUCCGGUUUCCAGCCCCAGAAACCCACACAGAAACCCCGCAAGGCAGAGGAACCCGCCUUCCCACGGUCUGGCCACGGGGACCGGACCCCGCUGCGGGGGACAAGGAGCGUGGUUGCCAUCUGCCAUUUCACCUACAUAUUUUUCGGGAAAUCACGCAAAGGAUAAUACUGUUACUGCUACGGACAAGAAGGUACCGCCAGCAAAUCCUACCUUAAGACAAGACUUUGCCAAGUUGCCCAUAUUAGCCUUGCCAAGCACUGGGAGGCAUGCACCUCCUCAUGCAGUGAGACUGGGAUUACUGAAGAGGGUGAAGCAUUUGCCUCAGGCUCGCGAACAACGACCCCAGGAAGCAACCCAUCCACCUCCUUCACACAAUUUGAGCAAAUGAUCUACCUACCUUUGAUGUUAAAGCCACUGAGAUUUGGCUGUUUUUCUUGUUUGUUUGUUUGUUUUGUUUUACUGCAGUGUGACCUAGAA